AUGAAUUGUAAGAUUGGAUUCAUGAGCUGUGUGGUGAUUACUUCAAUAGUCAUCCUAUUUCUUUUGGUUUCAGGAAAAGUUGAAGCUCAACCCCAAAAGUGCAUUGGAUCAUGUACAAGCAGUUCUGCCUGUGGAAACUCUCGCAUCAAGAUGGGAUACAAAAUUGGAGAAUGCGUUGGCUGGAAAAAACCUGAUAAUUGUUGUUGCAUGUUUCGUAUGUACUAGAUGCAUUU